AUGGGAUUCACUACAACUCCACUAUGGUGCCUGAGCGCAUGGGCUACAAUAGCGGCUGCAGGCUCUGAUGGCCAGUAUGGUCCGCUCAACUUCAAAGCAGUAUUUGGGCAGUCACCCGCGCCGCUGAUCAUAGACGUCAAUCCUACAUUCAUCGAACAGACACGGCUCAAAGCCAGCUUAACCCGUCCUGCCAUUGACAUCGAAAUCCCCCCGUUCACGGAAGGCGUCCCUUCAAACAACAUCUCCGCCAUUACCGAUUUCUGGGCGAAUAGCUACGACUGGCCCGCUGUGCAAAGCGACCUCAAUCACCACUAUCGGCAUUUCACCACAACAAUCCCUCCUCUGAACGACUCCCACGCAACAUUCCCAGACCCGGUGCCGCUGCACUUCGUACACCAUAUUUCAUCACGAUCUGAUGCCAUACCCCUUCUCUUUAUCCACGGCUGGCCAGGCUCGUUUCUAGAAGUGGGCAAUAUUUUGGCAGAUUUGGUGGAGCCAUCGAACCGAUCUGAUCCAGCCUUCCACGUGGUCGCACCAUCGAUACCAGGGUUUGGGUUCUCUCCAGCGCCGACGAAGCCUGGGUUUGGAUUGAUCGAAGCCGGUGCAGCUUUCCACCAGCUUAUGCUGCAGCUUGGCUACGAGCGCUUCGUAAUUCAAGGCGGCGAUUUCGGCUCUCACACAGCCCGCUACAUGGGCGCCGCAUACCCCGACUCCGUGGUCUCCAUCUUGUGCAAUUUGUAUGGGGUCAUCGCCAACGACACAGACCGCGCUCGGAAAGCGGCGAACGAAACGACCGCAGAAGAGAAUUCCUACAUCGACUUUCUCGACGCGACGAUGCCCUUCGCCCUGGCGUUUUGGGACCUAGAAGCCGUGGUCCCACUGCAGCUGGGCAUCCUCCUGACCGAUAGCCCAGUAGGUAAUCUCGCCUGGCCAUACAUGGGCAUGCGUGGAUAUGCGCCCGGCUACGAAUGGUCAUUCGAGGAUUUGAUUACCUGGGCAAUGAUGUUAUACAUUCAAGGUCCGUACGGCAGCGUCAGGAUCUACCAUGAGCUGAAAAGAGAGGGCACACUUGACUUCCGAUACCCCUACGUCCCCGUCCCUACAGGCGUGCUGCAAUAUUUCCCCGAUGCGGCGUAUGGCGCGCCGCGCGACUGGUGUGAACGUACCGCCAACGUAACAUCCUUUGUGCGCAAAGAUCCGGGCGUCCUCGGUGGUCACUUCCCGGCACAUGUGAAUCCGAAAGAACUAGUCUCCGAUAUUCGAGCCUUUUGGGCGUCCCCCGAAGGUGGAUGGCUGGUGGGCGCGAUCGAGCAGUGA